AGCUGACGCAUGUAAACACAGUUGGAGGAGAAGCAGAGGUCAUAUUAGCGUUGUGUGUCCAUCAAGCUGGUAGUGGUGGUGGCAUGAUGUAGGUGCAUCCUACACCACUACAUGAUACAUGAAGGUAGCCUCUGACACGCUAACAAAGGCAGUCAGUUCUAAAACUCGUAACUUAACCUUGGAGUUGCCCAUGUGUUGGUUUGGGCAGGAUAGGGAAGGGACUAUUGCGCCGAUCUUGGUUGUGUGAAGACAUGCGUUGUACUGGACGUAUAUGAGGCAGUUUUGAAAGCUUGAAUGUUACAGUGCUACCAGGUUUUAAAGAUAAGGGACAUCAUGCAGCUGCAGACUCUAGUAGGUUUAACAAGAGUGGCCAUCAACAUCUGGCCUGAAACUGCAUAUGGUUUGAGACAUUUCUUGCAAAUGAACAAGAAAUCUCCACAAUUAGUGUACAACUUCAUACGUCCAUAUUGCAGUGACUUCAAGAUCUAUACAAAAACUGGGGACAAAGGAACUUCAAGUCUUUAUACUGGGGAACGUCAACGAAAAGAUGGCCGUCUUUUUAAUGCACUAGGAACGGCUGAUGAACUUUCUUCACAUAUUGGGCUAGCUAAAGAAUAUGCGCAAGAGAAGAACCAUGAGUAUGCAGAUCAGUUGGAGAGGAUUCAGUGUAUCCUUCAGGACAUUUCCAGCCUUCUAGCCACACCUCGGCCCCAGUAUGCUAUUGAUGACCCAGAGAAGGAGGCACGCAUACGAGAGAAACUUUCUUUCAAUCCACGUCACAUUAUAGAAUUAGAAGAGUGGAUAGAUAAAUAUAGCUCUUUACUUCCACCCCUCACCAAUUUCAUUUUACCUGGUGGAGGGCGUGUGAGUGCAUAUUUGCAUGUUGCACGCACAGUGUGUCGGCGAGCUGAGAGAACUGUUGUUCCUCUCAUCUUUGAGGGAUUAGUUGAUGAACAGGUUAUAAUUUAUAUUAACAGACUGAGCGACUACCUUUUCACAAUUGCAAGAUAUGCAUCUUUCCUUGAUGGUAACAAGGAAACCAUAUAUAUCCGACCACAGCCACAUAAAUCCUUGAGGAAGAAAGAGCGACUUAUUUCUGAAAAUCAAGAAAUAAUCCAAAACGAUGGUUGAAGGUCAUUAAAGAACUUUCUAAUGAAAAUGUAGUUUCAGUAUCAAAAUUAUUAAUCAGGGUACUUUUGUGAGUAUUCUGAAUGGUGAAUGAUUGUAAAAUAUAUAAGUAGAUGAAGGAAGAUAUUUAAAGCUUUUUGUAUUUUUUAUAAAGUAGUGACAUAAGCCUUAUCCAAUUAUACUUUACAUGUAAUAGUGUAAAUUGAAUUUAAACAUAAAUUAAAUACAUAAUUUUUUUUAAGUGCUCAUAUUGAAAUCAGUAAUGGUGAUAAAUGUACUGAUUUAACUUUUCUUCCAUUAGUAUUUGUGUAAAAUAUGAUAUGUCCAGAAUGAAAAAAGUAUUCAGGGAGGUAGGUACUGUAUAGAGGUUAGUUGAAAAAUUAAGACUUUUUUUCAUUGGUAUAAACAAUGUAUAUACAGUAUGUGAUAGUAUUUAUUAUGUCUAACAUUAGCCUCAUAAAAAUUUUAAGAGACAA